CUGGGAAAACCGGGAGAGAGAGAAAAUCAGCAAAAAGAAAGCAACCCAAAAAACUUUGUGUCAUUAUUUUUCUGGCGAGUGUUCACAGUCCAGCCCCCCCUCCCUUCCUCCCUCCCCACCACCGCCAUCACCUCCAAACACCGUCUUCGGCCAGACCAGGAAGGCGCUCGGACUCUCCGGGGUUGGGUCUUUUGUUGCUGCAUCCCUCCCCCCAGAGCCUCGGAGCCCAGCCCGGGUCGCGCUGCUGAGAGAGCGCGGUAUAUGGAAGUUGUGGGCUGCAAGGCAGAGGCAGGCAGUUGCACGUUGCGUCCAGGACCGGGAGCCAUGCUUUUCCACGGGAUCUCCGGGGAUCACAUCCAGGGGAUCAUGGAGGAGAUGGAGAGGAGGUCCAAAACGGAGUCGCGCCUGGCGAAGGGCAUGCAGCUGAACGGCAGAGAGUCGACCAUGCCCUCCAUGAGCCCGGAGAAGCCCGCUCUGUGCGCCGGCUGCGGCGGGAAGAUUUCGGAUAGAUACUACCUCCUGGCCGUGGACAAGCAGUGGCACCUGCGGUGUCUCAAAUGCUGUGAAUGUAAACUUGCGCUGGAGUCGGAGCUUACGUGUUUUGCCAAGGAUGGCAGUAUCUAUUGCAAGGAGGAUUACUACAGAAGGUUCUCCGUGCAGAGGUGCGCGCGCUGCCACCUCGGGAUAUCGGCCUCGGAGAUGGUGAUGCGAGCGCGCGACUCCGUGUACCACCUGAGCUGCUUCACGUGCACCACCUGCAACAAGACCCUGACCACGGGGGACCACUUCGGCAUGAAGGACAGCCUGGUGUACUGCCGGCUCCACUUCGAGACGCUGGUGCAGGGCCCGGACUACCACCCCCAGCUCAACUUCGCCGAGCUGGCGGCCAAGGGCGGCGGCCUCGCGCUGCCCUACUUCAACGGGACCGGCACGGCCCAGAAGGGAAGGCCCCGCAAGAGGAAGAGCCCGGCCAUGGGAAUAGACAUACCCAGCUACAACACAGGUUGUAACGAAAAUGACACCGACCACCUGGACCGCGACCAGCAGGCCUACCCUCCAACGCAGAAGACCAAACGCAUGCGGACCUCCUUCAAGCACCAUCAGCUGCGGACAAUGAAAUCCUACUUUGCCAUCAACCACAACCCGGAUGCCAAGGACUUAAAGCAGCUGGCCCAGAAAACAGGCCUCACUAAGAGAGUUCUACAGGUUUGGUUCCAAAACGCAAGAGCCAAAUUCAGAAGGAACGUUUUGCGACAGGAGAAUGGAGGUGUUGAUAAGGCUGAUGGCACCUCACUCCCUCCGCCCUCAUCCGACAGUGGGGCGCUGACCCCCCCCUCCAGCGCGGCCACACUAACAGACCUGACAAACCCCUCUAUCACUGUAGUGACCUCCGUCACCUCUAGUUUGGACAGCCAUGAUUCGGGGAGCCCUUCGCAAACUACCUUGACAAACCUUUUCUAAACGAGCUAUCUCUAGCAAGCUGAUUGUUCUUUUACCUGGUUUUAUUUUUUGAUUAUUUUUUUCAAUUUCCUUUUAGUUUCUUUCCUCGAUUUACAUUUUUAUUUUUUUAAGUGACACCCUUAAAACCAAGCAGAGACAGCUCCUUGGAACAGAAAGUGCUGUACUGUGUACGCAAAAAGGAACAACAAGAGCAGCAACAGCAGCGGCCGCUUUAAAACAGACGGAAAUCAUUCUAAUGUGUAGCAUUCGAAACUGCAUGGCACAUGCAGGGAUUUUGAUUCCUUGGACAUUCUUGGAGUUAAAGGAAUUAGAAAUUUGUCUUGGAUUCCACGAUUCAUUGGAGAAAAAAAAGAAAACACUAAACUUGAAGUUUGUCUGGAAAACUAGACUUUUUGCGUGAUUUGACUUUAUUUGUACAUUUGUAUUGAAACAUGAUCAGCUAAGCCCUUCCUAAUCAUGCUUAAUUGGUAAAAAAAAAUUAAACAAUACCACAAACCUGUAUAUGAAUGCACUGUGUUAGACUAUCCAAUUUAAUUUUUUUUUUUGUUAUGUUUUGGAAUAAUUUGGAAAAAAUAAACUUGUAGAAUGUUCUGUAUAUGGGUAAACCCAGAAAACAGGCUUUAAUUAUUUCCGAAUGUUUCAGCCUAGCAGGCUGAGUUUGAUGGAAUUAGACACUGAAAUAUCUCACAGAGCUACAUGUCAAACAUCUAAAAUUGCAUUUCGAAGCACAGAGGAGCUGCAGCAUUUGUCUGAUUCACAAGCUAACUGUGAUCCAGAGAACAAAUCCAAUCCCACAAUCUGUACAGUGGUAACUGUUCAACAUGUAAUGCAGUCACAUUGGUAGAAACUGUUUGCUAAUUAGAAGUCAACAAGGGGAAUUCAGAUUGGAGAGCAGUUUAUGGGCACUGUUGUAAUCAAUUGUCUUCAUAACAAAGCACUUUUUUUUGGACUUGUAGGUCUCAUAGAUGAACCAUAGUCAGAAGGACAGAGCCUAGUCAAACCUAUCCAUAGAUCCACAGCUAAACUCAAUUGCACAGUGACAACAUACUGCCCAGAGAAAAGUGCAUUAUUGUUCUUAUCAUGUUGCUCAGGGUAAUGAUGUGAUUUUAAAAAGGGAAAAGAAAAAAAAAAAGAGCAGGGGUGAAAAAAAAAAAAUGAAGUGGUUGCGCCGCUUAAGACUUAAACGUGGGAGCUGACAAAAGUGAAAUGAGCUCGGAUGGGUGGAGUCGUGAGAGGCAGCCAGUGGGAAAUCAUUAUCCAUGUGUUCUCCUGUUUGGCCAUAUUUACACUUUCUUUGCUGACACUUGCCACUGAACAGACCAAAAAACAUGUUUCUUCUGGCUGAAAGACAGAGAGAGAAAAGGAAGAGCGAGCAAAUCUUCAAUGGAGUUGAUACAUUUCAUUGUGAGCGUCACAAUUUGUUCUUUUGUAGAACAAAGUGGUACUCUUGAUCUACUUAAUGAAGUAGAUGCCUAACUCAGUUCUACUAUGUGCCUUAUGCUAUAACUUGGGAGAAAGUUUGUGAAAUUCAGGAUAUAUGUGUUCUUUGUUAACUGAUUCACAUCCUUUUGGCGCCUCACUAGUUUUGUACUGUUUUGCAUCUUAUUUCCGAAGAUCUUUUUAUGGUGUAUCCUGUUUAAAAGGGGGCAGCGAUGUCAUAGAAAGCAUUUGUGCACUCUUUCAGAUAUAGUUGGGUAAUCCAAGAACCUUAUAUAUUGAUCUUCGUGUUAAUAGUUGAGUACAGUAAGUGUUCUAUCAAGAUUGUCCAUGUUUCCCUGUUUCUUGAUAAAGAUGGUGUAUAGAAACUAUUUCCCCUUAAAUAUUUAUGGACCAAACGGUUGUUAUAUAUCUUAUUAAAUUUGUGUGAAUAAAAAUAAUUUGCUUUAAACGGGUUUUAUUUUUC